AUGGACAACCGAAACGUCGUCGUCUGCGAUAAUGGAACCGGCUAUGUGAAGUGCGGUUUUGCGGGCGAGAACUUCCCGACAUCGGUGUUCCCUUGUGUGGUGGGGAGGCCAAUGCUUCGCUAUGAAGAAUCUUUGAUGGAACAAGAGAUCACGGAUACUCUUGUUGGGGAUGCCUGUUUAAAGUGGCGGCAUCAGUUGGACGUAUCUUAUCCUGUAAACAAUGGCAUUGUGCAAAACUGGGAUGAUAUGGGACACGUGUGGGAUCAUGCCUUUUUUAGCGAACUAAAGGUAGAUCCUACAGAAUGUAAGAUUUUGCUCACUGACCCGCCUUUGAAUCCAUCUAAGAACCGUGAAAAGAUGGUUGAAAUUAUGUUUGAGAAGUACAACUUUUCUGGUGUUUUUAUCCAAAUACAAGCUGUUUUAACUUUGUAUGCUCAAGGUUUGCUUACGGGGCUAGUUAUUGAUUCCGGGGAUGGAGUUACUCAUGUGGUUCCAGUGGUUGAUGGAUACUCAUUCCCUCAUCUUACGAAGCGGAUGAAUGUAGCUGGGCGCCAUAUAACAUCAUAUCUUGUUGAUUUGCUCACGAGGAGGGGCUAUGCUAUGAAUAGAACUGCUGACUUUGAGACUGUGAGGAGUAUCAAAGAAAAGCUCUGUUACAUUAGUUAUGAUUACAAACGGGAAUAUCAGCUGGGACUUGAGACUACUAUCCUUGUUAAAAAUUAUACUCUCCCAGAUGGAAGAGUCAUAAAAGUUGGCAAUGAGCGAUUUCAAGCACCUGAAGCGCUUUUCACCCCAGAGCUCAUAGAUGUUGAGGGAGAUGGUAUGGCAGAUAUGGUAUUUCGUUGCAUUCAGGAAAUGGAUAUUGACAAUAGGAUGAUGCUCUACCAACAUAUUGUCUUGAGUGGCGGGAGUACAAUGUAUCCUGGAUUACCCAGUCGGUUGGAGAAAGAAAUAUCAGAUCGUUACCUUGACGUUGUUCUGAAGGGAAACAAGGAUGGGUUGAAGAAAUUACGCCUGCGGAUAGAGGAUCCACCACGGAGAAAGCAUAUGGUGUAUCUAGGAGGUGCAGUUCUGGCAGGAAUUAUGAAGGAUGCUCCUGAGUUCUGGAUUAGCAGACAAGAUUAUUUGGAAGAGGGGGUCGCUUGUUUAAGCAAGUGUGGCCAGGCAUGA